UCUAGGUACUGCAAAGCAGUGGCAGCUGAAGGAAUCCAUAGGAAGUAAAUGCUGCUUGAAAUAACUCUCUUCAGGGUAACAAUACCUUCUAAACUCAGUGAGGCCUUCAAAUAACAAAGAUGAUCUUACUUGUACAUAACACCUUUCACACAGGCUAGAAAGAUGAGACGGAAAGAAACACACUGGUACAGCAGAGAGGAAACUGAAUGACCUCUGGAGCUGCUGGAAUUCAGUUGCCUGUGGAUUAUGGGUACAACUGCCAGCACGGCUCAACAGACUGUCUCGGCAGCUACGUUUGAGAACAUUCACGGCAACGGGACGAUGGACGACCGUCACUCUCUUAGCAUCCACUCCUUCCAGACCGUUGGUCUUCACAACAGCAAAGCAAAGUCCAUCAUCACCAACAAAGUGGCACCAGUAGUUAUUACUUACAACUGCAAAGAGGAAUUCCAGAUUCAUGAUGACCUACUCAAGGCCAACUACACAGUGGGUCGGAUUUCGGAAACCACUCCAGAACACUACCUUGUACAGGGGAAAUAUUUUAUGGUCAGAGAUGUAUACAGUAAGUUAGAUGUACUGAACACUACUAGUAGUUGUGGAGCUCCGAAUUUCCGACAGGCAAGAGGAGGGUAUGCAGUGUUUGGAAUGGGACAGCCCAGCCUCGAUGGAUUCAAGCAAGUGAUGCAGAAACUCCAGAAUGAUGGGCACAAGGAGUGCAUCUUCUUUUGUGUUCGUGAGGAGCCUGUGGUAUUUCUACGCAUGGAAAAUGAUUUUGUACCCUACACACCCAGAGGAAAGGAGAACUUGCAUGAAAAUCUGCACAGUCUGCAGAGAGGGGUCAAAGUGGAAAACUUGGAGCUUGCAAUCCGGAAAGAGAUACAUGACUUUGCCCAGCUGAGUGAGAACACGUACUAUGUCUAUAAUGAUAUUGAACAUUUCAAAGAUGAGCCGCAUUCUGUGAGCAUCCAUUGUGAAGAGGACAUCCAUGUGACAGAAGAAGUAUACAAGAGGCCUGUUUUUCUGCUGCCAUCUUACAGGUACUGUCGUCUGCCUUUGCCUGUGGAUGGGGCGCCUCUUGAAGCACAGUUUGAUGUUUUCAUCAAUUUCCUCAGGGAGAGUCCAAACCUGCUCCUGCUUCGGGACCCUGGCAAACCACCUCCUGCUUUACUUUUCAGCUGCCAAACUGGAGUGGGCAGGACCAACUUAGCCAUGGUCUUAGGCACUCUUGUGCUCUAUCACCUCAAGGUACCGCAAAAGCCAGACCUUCCUCAUCCUGCUAGAACUUCACCAAGGGAUCGAUUUCAGGUUAUUCAAAACUUUAUUGACAUGGUACCAAAAGGCCAACAAAUAGUAGAGGAGGUGGACAGUGCCAUCACCUUCUGCUCUGAAAUGCAUGACAUGAGAGAAGCCAUCUAUGAAUAUAAGAAGAAAUUGGAAGGGAUUGGAGAAGAUUACCAGAUUCAGGGGAAUAGCACCAAAGAAUAUUUUCUUCAAAGGACUUUGCAGAGUCUUGAACGCUAUUUCUACUUGAUUGCCUUCAACUACUACCUUCAUGAGCAGUACCCCAUGGCUUUCGCCCUUGACUUCAGCAGAUGGAUGUGUAGACACCCAGAAUUGUAUAGGCUGCAGGUGAACAUGAACCUGUCAGAGCUCACUGUGACAGGGGAGCUGAUAACAAAGGGGAUGCGAGUACUGGUGGUAGAUGAACGCUUUUCCCCAGAUGUGCUCAGUACAGUGAAGGAGAUGAACGUAGCCAACUUCCGGAGGGUUCCUAAAAUGCCUGUGUAUGGGACAGCACAGCCCAACUCCAAGGCCAUUGGGAAAGUCCUGAGCUACUUAACUGAUGCAAAGAGGAAGUACUCCCACAUCUUGUGGAUAAACCUCCGUGAAGAAGUAGUGUUGGAAGGGAAUGAACAAACCUAUACCCUCAGGGAACCUGGGAAUCUUGAACAACAGAUUACAGUCCCUGUAAGAAUGCCUGAACAACUAGAGAAACUAGAGUGCACCCUGAAGAAUGACAUGCUGAAGUCCCAGAAGUGGCUGGAGGUGUAUCUGGAGCAGGAAAAACAGAUGAAGACAUUUAAGACUUGCCUGACCAUACAGGAGAUAUUUAAUCAACACAAAAGCACAUGCCAGGGACUGAUGUACAAACGGAUCCCAAUCCCAGACUUCUGUGCUCCCAAGGAGCAGGAUUUUGAUCAGCUGCUGGAUGCAAUGAAGAGUGCAUUGGCUGAAGAUUCCCACACGGCCUUUGUGUUCAACUGCCACAGUGGCAGAGGGAGAACCACCACAGCCAUGGUUAUUGCUGUCCUCACACUUUGGCACUUCAAUGGUAUUCCUGAGGUGAGCGAGGACGAAAUUGUUAGUGUGCCUGAUGCAAAGUAUACCAAAGGGGAAUUUGAGGUAGUGAUGAAGGUGGUCCAGCUUUUGCCAGAGGGUCACAGAAUAAAGAAGGAGGUAGAUAUGGCACUGGAUACUGUGAGUGAGACCAUGACACCUAUGCAUUAUCACCUGAGAGAAAUCAUCGUGUGCACAUACAGGCAGGGGAAAACAGCUAAGGAAGAGAAAGAAAUGAGAACAUUGCAGCUGAGGAGCCUACAGUACUUGGAACGAUAUAUCUGUCUGAUCCUGUUCAAUGCAUACCUGCAUCUGGAGAAAAAGGACUCUUGGCAGAGGCCAUUUAGUGUUUGGAUGCAUGAGGUGGCAGCCAGGGCUGGAGUCUACGAGAUCCUCAAUCAGUUGGGGUUCACUGAGUUUGAGGACCUAGAAGACAUGUCUCUCUCCAAGCUCCGUUACCGUUGGCAGGAACAGACCCUUAGUCUGCUUUCAUUCCGAGGAGAGUUCAUUUAGGACCCAAGACUGUGACACACCUUGGGAAUUUCUGUGUUUCUCCGGACUUGGCUGGUGCUUUUUAUAGGUGUGGGAGAGAGAAUUUGCCUUAAGGAAAGACUGUGUUUCCAGAAAGAAGGGGAGGGAGGAAGGGGAAUAUAAACUGCCUUUAAGAAAACAAAAAUUUAUAGGGUUCUUUUAGACACAAUAAAAAAUAUUAUAAAUUAAAAAAUAACAUUAGACAGGUGUUUAAUUGCAAACAUUGAGUAACUGUAAAAAAAUCUCUGAAAUGUUUAAAACACGAUCUCCUGAAUUUAGUGAAUGUACUAACAGUGAGUGCCAAAUUCUUCAAGGCCUUCUUCACUUUCUCAAUAGCCCUGUGCGGUAUGCGCUAUAUAGAUAGAUAUAGCGAGAGAGAGAGAGAGACGUAAAUGUAUUUGCAUGAUGAUUUAGGAUUCCUGAAGAGUCCUUAAGGCACUUGAGUGAGAUCUGGAGUUUUCUGUUUGUGCAUAUUUAUUACUCUCUUUAAAAUUUUAUUUUAUUUUUGGAGGUUAAGAAAAAUAUAAACUAAUUAAUUCACACAACCCUGCUACUGUGUAGACCCCUAUUUUCAGUGCCAAGAUGCUUCUGCUGCAAUAUAGUUAAAUACAGCACUGAAGUUUCUGUUCAGUAAAAAAACAAACAGGCUUCAUACAUUUUAUAUCCAGAAAUAAAAGAUAAUGGGUGAAAUCUCAGCUCUAUUGAAAGCAGUGGGAGUUUUGCAAUUGAUUUCAGUAGGGAAAUCACAAAAUACAUCUAAAACCAUUUAAAAAAUCAAGGGAAAUGUAACGAGAUGGAGUUUAAAAGACUGAAAAAUAAAGUGAAUCAAGUGUGUUCAAACGGAAUAAAAUCCCAUUCCCACUAUCUAGAGCAAAGGGAGAGGCUGGCUGCAGAAGAUUUGGUGGGCAGGAAGUAAAUGGAAUAGGCAAGAGCCAGCAUGAAUGGGAGGAUAAAAUAGGAUAUGAAGACAAAAGCAUAAGUACAGUCUCUGUCUUUUUCCGACUCUGCUUUCAUCUGCAGCCAGUAGUGCAGUAGGUGCAGACAGCGGUAUUAAAAAGUUAAUGUGAAAAAACCCCAUCUAAAAUGGGAAGAGGUGGUUUGGGGUUUUUUUUCCUUUGGACACAUCCCUGAUGCUUCUUCAAAAUCCAAACUCCAAGAUUUCCAUUAACAAAACAUUUUAUUUGUGGCUUCUUUCUGCAGAAGUAGGUUGGUUUUAUUUUCUUUUUUUAAAAUGCAGAAUUUCUGAUCGUGCAUUUUAUAUCUCCAGCAGGAUAUUUUGGUGUUUGAAUAAUUUGCUGGUGAUGUAACUGAAUAGUUGAAUUACAGUAGUAAUCUGUCGGAGCCAGUUGAUCUUAUUUAUUUAUUUUUUAUCUAUUAUUCAUGUAAUAUUAAUACAGCCAUCUGACAGCAUAAAACAUUUUCCCUUUUCCAUGCCCCUAUUGUGACAGAAAGGCAGCUACCCUGAAGUGACAUAAAAUCUAUUUGAAUUGCUCAUUAGAGAGAGUUUUUUGCUCAGGUAUUUAGAAAGCUUUGAAACAGCCUUGUUCUUUAUUGAUUUCUAUUCACAAGCAGAUACAUGUCCUUUUUUAUAUUUAGUCCUUCUACUUUCUGUUUAUAGAACACAUGCCUUUCUUUGCAAAACUACUGUGCAUCUUUGGGGCACCAUUUUGUUUGUUUAUUUCUUCUUUUUUUAUUGUAUAUGACCUUUUGGUGUCCCCCCACUCCUGUUUUUGUGUUAAGGUUAUGCAUGGUGGCAGUGAGCAAGUGCCUUCACAAGCCAGUCUGCAGGAAAUUCUUUUGAUAAUCUGGUACCUUCACAUUUUGUAUCGUGCCACCAACAAAUCCAACAUAUUUACCAGAUGCACCAAAAGUCGUGCAUUUAGCAUUUCUUGUAGCUGGCCAAAGACAACUACUUUUUCCUCCAGGCUGACAUCUUAUUGUUUUAAAGGUCUGAUAUCUAGGGUGAGUUCCUGACUCCCCUGAAGUCCAUGGCAAAACUCCCACUGAUUUCACCACUCAUAUCCCUACUUGCACAAGCUAUAAGCAUUUCAGGAAAAACUCUCUACAUGACAAAAACCUCCUUACUGAACUUCAGCAUUACUUUGCCUAGGCUCUUAAAGCAGCAAGAAACAGCAAAAGGCAGCCAGCCUGGGGAUUGGGUAAAGUUAAGCUGGUCUUUUUCUUCUCAUAACUCAUACUAAGAGGGGCCACUCUCUUCCAUGCACAAAGCGUAGAAGUAACCUGAGACUGUGCCUUCCCUUCCCCCAACUGGGACUUCUCAUAGAUCCUUCCAGGAAUACAAAGCUCUGGCACUUCAGUGGUUGAUGCAAUUGAUGUUCUUUGGUAUUUGGUUUUGAAAGUAAAACUACUACAACGAUGGAUCUCAGUCAUGGGGAUCAUCCAGGUUCCUUGUACAUGGGACAUUUCCUUUUGCCUAAGAACUAGAAUGCAAAUAUUAUGAUUGAUGGGUGACGGAAGAUGGUGCAUUAACAAGUCUAUUGUACUUCUAAAGGCAGCAUUUCUUUCCUAUUCUUAUUUUGAGCUUUUUUAAUGUUGUUUUUAAUGCAGACUUUAACAGUGCUAUUGCACACAUUUAAAAUGUAGUAUUUUGCCACAACUGUAGUUUGUCAUAGCCUGUGGAGUUGCCAGUGAAUGUACAUGCAUGUGAUUCUGCUCCUCACUGAUGGAAUCCAGGUGCAGGUGGUGAGUUUACAACAGAAGCCUGGUCCUUACAUCUACAUGUUAUAUCUAAGUCAUCAGCAAGACUGGGAGAAAAGCUAUGGGGAGAAAAAUAUAGUCUUAUUACAAUGAGAAUAAGCAUAGAUCUUAGGAGAUCCAACCUAAGGCAGCCAGGGGCUCAUUAACUCAUCUUCCCCAGGGGACAUUUAGCUCUGCAAGUGCUGGUUUAUUUAACAGUAGGCCUAGUGAGUAGAUGGCCAAUUCUGAGUAAAUUCAAACUGGAACACAAGAGCUUUGAAAGCCUAUGAGAUUGUCACCAACUUGCCCCAAAUCCCCAUUUAUCAGUUACUUGAACUGGUAAACUUUGUUUUUUCAGUACCAAGUAGAAUAUGCUUUGCAACUGUUCUUAUGAAAAAAACCCCACAAACAUUUGCUCAUCUGCCCACAUUGACAGGAUUAUAGCUACUAUAAACGGUACCCCAUAGGCCUGUGUGAAUAGGGAAGUAUUCAAUUCAGAUUCGGCCGAUUUGGAGGACACAGAUUCGAUUUGGAGAUUCGGAUCACUGUCCUGAAUUGAUUUGGCUGAAUUGGCUUU